GGCGGUGCCAGGCAGGCUAAGAAACGUCCUGUGACAUAUGAGUGCGACUCAAAGGAGUUGGGGGGCUGAAAGAAAAGCGGCAGCACUUCCCCAGCCCGCCAUACCAGUUGAACCAACCAACUCCCCCCAUUGAGCCUGAAACAAGGAGAGCCAGCUCGGUCCCCCCCUCCCCCGGCCCCUCCCCGGCAGAAAAGCACACAACUUGCCUCCCCAGUUGGUGGACUCCAGUUGGAACUGGGAACUUUUUCUUGUCUUUCCUCUCGUCUCCCCCUCUCCUUUCUCUCCUUCCCCCUCCGGGGCUGAGCGGUGGCUUUUUUCCUCCCCCCCGCCCACCCCAACCCCGCUCAUCUCUUCCGAGAGAGAGAAAGCAGAAAAGUUUCUCCCGCACUCUGCCACACCGCCCCCCCUCUCCCCUCUGACAGCCCCCCCGCCCCCCCACCGCCCUCCCCAGCUCCGGGAGCCACCAUGAACAAGCUGUACAUUGGGAACCUAAACGAAAACGUGACUCCAGCAGAUUUGGAGAAAGUCUUCAAUGACCACAAGAUCUCCUUCAGUGGCCAGUUCCUGGUGAAAUCUGGCUAUGCCUUUGUGGAUUGCCCUGAUGAGCAAUGGGCCAUGAAAGCCAUCGAAACUUUUUCUGGGAAAGUGGAGCUACAUGGAAAACAGCUAGAGAUUGAACAUUCAGUUCCUAAAAAGCAAAGGAGCCGCAAAAUUCAGAUAAGAAAUAUCCCACCUCAGCUACGAUGGGAGGUUCUGGAUGGUUUGCUAGCCCAAUAUGGUACUGUAGAAAAUUGCGAACAAGUGAAUACGGACAGCGAGACAGCAGUUGUCAACGUCACCUAUUCAAACCGGGAGCAGACCAGACAAGCAAUCAUGAAGCUGAACGGACACCAGCUGGAAAACCAUGCACUGAAGGUCUCCUACAUCCCUGAUGAACAGUCCAUACAAGGGCCAGAGAAUGGGCGACGGGGAGGCUUUGGUACCCGGGGUGCUCCCAGGCAGGGUUCGCCUGUUGCUGCUGGAGCGCCUGUAAAGCAGCAGCCAGUGGACAUCCCCCUUCGACUCUUGGUACCCACACAAUACGUGGGGGCCAUUAUUGGCAAGGAAGGAGCCACGAUUCGCAACAUCACCAAACAGACACAGUCCAAAAUCGACGUGCACAGGAAGGAGAAUGCAGGUGCAGCGGAGAAAGCCAUUAGCAUCCAUUCCACCCCUGAGGGCUGCUCAGCAGCUUGUAAGAUGAUCUUGGAGAUUAUGCACAAGGAGGCAAAGGACACCAAAACAGCUGAUGAAGUUCCUUUAAAAAUCCUGGCCCAUAACAACUUUGUGGGAAGACUGAUCGGCAAAGAGGGGCGGAACCUCAAGAAGGUAGAACAGGACACGGAGACGAAAAUCACCAUCUCCUCCUUGCAGGACUUGACUCUGUACAACCCUGAGCGGACCAUCACCGUGAAAGGCUCCAUUGAAAACUGCUGCAAAGCCGAGCAGGAGAUCAUGAAGAAAGUGAGGGAGGCGUACGAGAAUGAUGUGGCUGCCAUGAGCCUACAAUCUCAUCUGAUCCCUGGCCUCAACCUGGCUGCUGUUGGCCUGUUUCCUGCCUCCUCCAAUGCAGUGCCACCUCCUCCCAGCAGUGUCUCUGGGGCAGCACCAUACAGCUCCUUCAUGCAGCCUCCAGAACAAGAGACAGUCCAUGUCUUCAUCCCUGCUCAGGCUGUUGGUGCAAUCAUCGGCAAAAAAGGACAGCACAUUAAGCAGCUCUCCAGAUUUGCGAGUGCCUCCAUCAAGAUUGCCCCGCCUGAGACACCGGACUCUAAAGUGCGCAUGGUUAUAAUCACUGGACCACCCGAAGCUCAGUUCAAGGCACAAGGACGAAUUUAUGGCAAACUCAAGGAGGAAAACUUUUUUGGACCUAAAGAAGAGGUGAAGCUGGAGACGCACAUCAGGGUCCCUGCCUCAGCUGCAGGGAGAGUCAUUGGCAAGGGAGGCAAAACUGUCAAUGAACUUCAGAACCUGACAGCAGCAGAGGUGGUGGUGCCGCGGGACCAAACUCCUGAUGAGAAUGAGCAAGUCAUAGUAAAAAUCAUCGGACACUUCUAUGCCAGCCAGAUGGCACAGCGGAAAAUACGUGAUAUCCUGGCCCAGGUAAAACAGCAGCAUCAGAAGGGACAGAGCGGCCAGACACAAGCACGAAGGAAAUAAGAGCGGCAACAAUAACACCACCACCACGUGAAAGAGGAACGAGCUGAAGUCAGGCUUAAGAGUGGCUGGGAAUCAGUUACCGUAGACAACUUUUCCAUUAACGGAUUGAGAGUCAAAGGCAGUUUGAUUGGCUUCCAAGGUAGAUGCCUAUGUUAAAAUAAAGCACCCAAAUUUGAGCCAUUACAAUCACUAAGCCCCAAAGGCUACUUAAAGAAGCAACUGCUGCAGUGUGAGGCAGCAUAUAGUGACCGAGAGCCCAGGCUCUUGACAAAUCCAACACAGAGCUAUUGAGGCUUACGCUCCUCCCACUGUAGCAUCUGCAGCCUAGGUGCUCAUUUAAGUAGCUUUCAGAGCUACAAAUCCACCCCCGUCUUGCAUUUCUGUUGUAGUUGUCCACCAAGAGCCCCAGGGCAUUCUCUAGCCAUCAUAUUACAAACAGAAAUUUGGCUGAUCAAAAUUCCUAGAGAAAAGUCACCUGUAAAAAAAAAUUAGUGUCAGUUUGUAGAAAUUCCAAUGGACAGGGUGGUUUCUAAUUCCAUUGAUGAUAAAUCCCAACAUGAGUAAAGGCAACUUAAGUAGUCCACUUUUUUUUUGGAUUCUACAGUAGCAGAAAGGAGAAGAUAUGGGACUCCCACAUAGGUAAUGAUGCAAACCAAUACAGUUUGCUUAGGCAAAUAGUUUUGAUUCCUCCCCAUUUUAAAUGAUGACAACAACAAAAAUCAGCUUUGUAGGAUUUAACCUUCAUCUGUUUGAUAAUCAGAUGAUCCAAAAAAAAUGCACUAAGGCUGGGAUUGUCAAUGGUACCUAAGGGAGUCAGUCAGGUGCCUGAUAAUGGGCAGGACUCUGAAUCUCAAGACAGACCAAAAAUGGACGUUAGGAUGAGGAGAGGAAUUGGCAUCACCUGAUCACAUGCAAAAUACAGUGUGGUCUAGCUGAUUUGAGGACCACAAUAAGGCACAGAGAUAUAGGGUUUAUUCCCAGCUCUGUCACUUAGCUUUCUAGAUGCCCUGGGAUAAAUGCCCCAGGGCCUCAGAUUCCUCCUCUGUGAUACUGUUCCCUUCUGGUAAGUGCUUGCAGAUCUACAGUUAAUAAGAGCUAGGCAUGAUCAGACUCUACCUACUUGAGCACCUGGUUCCUUUAGACCUGUUGGAAAAUUGCAGCCUAAAGGGACAGAUAAAAACACCCAUAAAAGCUUUAUCAGCUCUCUAGGACCAAUGAUCCCGAUUCAGAUCCAGUCUCCUGGGGUGAUUUACCUUUUACUUUCUAUCUGGUCUCUCUCAAAGUAAAGGAAAAAUGAUUCCAAAAAUUGGGCAUAAUUUUUUUUAAAAGCAAAAUGAAAUUUUCAUAUUUAAAAAAAUCUUUACUGUGUGAAGAACAACUGUUGCCAUGAGACAAUGCCAAAUGUAUACAUCAAAAGAAUGUAAUAUGGUUACUGAUUCCAGUCACUCUUACAUGGAUUUUUAUAUUUUAAAUAUAUUUUAAUGAUUUUUUUUUAAAUAUGAGUAUUUGGAAGGGACAGUAACUGCUGUGAUAGCAUUUUAGACACAGGGUAGGGCUUUGUCUCCACCUGAAACAUCCUUCUGGUUGGAUUAUAAACUGAAAGCAGCCCCCAACACAUAGCUGUGUCCCCUGUCCACCUCAGCACCUCAUUUAAUGCAGAGCCAGCUGGGAUAUGUGCUCUGUAGGCACAAUCCUGCCAAUAGAAGUCCAAUGCAAGUGACUUCAAGAAGAGCAGUAUUGUGCCCCAAAAAACCCUUGGUAGGGCCAGUUUCUUCUCCGUUACUCUGUUGUAAAUCUGAAACAAUUAAGCCAGUGGUUGAACUCUCAAGAUUUACACUGGUUUUACUAAAAGCAGAGAUGGAAAUGCAGAUGAACCGCAGUGAAGAACAGUGGGCCUGCAAAUUCAUUGUCAUAAACCUUGUGGUCAUUUUCAUCGAUGCACGAUAGCUGUAAAACAGGAUCACUCUGAUUCAACACCAUUUUACACUUGCUGGGCAUGUCUUCAUGUGCACAUUUACAGCGCAGUAACCUAAAUUACUAUGCAGUACAGAUGUGCAUCUACACAUGUGUGCCUGUGUUGCGCAGUAACUAUGGUGACUUACACUGACUUGGGCAUAAAUUUGAUACCUGCUUGAUGCCCAAUUAGUUACUGCGCAGUAACACACGUGUAGAUGCCUUACUGCACAGCAACACUGUGUGUGUGGGCUGACUUGGGACUAACUUUUAGUCCCAAGCCAGACCACACACAGCGUUAACACGUUUUAACGCCUGCAUGUGUAGACAUCUGCCUGUUUCUGCUGCAUAGUAAAUUUAAUGCGAUGUAAAUGCACAUGUAGAUGUGCCCACUGUGUACUGGCAUCACUGACUUCCUGGGGUGCAGGGAAAAUGGAGAAUCCAUGUUAUACUGCAGAAUAACACAGAUCUGACCCUGGCCCAGUUUACCUAGGGAAGGGGAGAAAGAUCAGAACUCAGUGAUCUGCAGACCUCUAGGCUGAGAUCAAGGGGCCAGAAGCCAUCCUUGCACUGAUUACUCUUUUUUAGUGGAGACAAGGCCUUUGGUUCCCUCAGUGGAAACCUGUGUGCAUCCUACAUAGUUAGAACCGUCUUUGAAUUUGGAUUAUGCAGCUGCAAGAAUGCAUGCUGUUGGUUUUUUUGUUUGUUUGUUUUUUUGUUUUAUUUUUAAUAAGGGAACACACGAGCAGUUACUGUCCUUUAAACAUUGCAACAACGACAUGAUGUGGGGAAAGGUCAGGUAUUGCUGUGUGUUUUAGCAACAAGGAAAAAAAAAAAGAAAAGAGAGAAAAAAGAAAAGAAAAAAAAAAGCUACCUCAAGGUAUGAAGUUACCUCAGCAAUUGUUUUUUUUUUGGGCUUGCUGAUAUUUUAUAUAAAAGCUGAUAGUCUUGAAUAUUUUAUUUUUUUAAUGAAAAGAGAAGUUACGUUUCAUAAUUUCUUAUGAGCCAGGAGUUAUGUGCAGGUAAUCAAGUGUUAUGAGCUCUCUAUUGAGAACGACAGAAACUUCAGACAUAGUGGAAAAGAUGGUAGCCGCUAAUUGGGGGCCUUUUCAAACGAAGCGAAUAAUGUCAUCGUAAUACAAGAGCGCGCAGCUGUAGCAAUUCUUCAAGAACAAGGACAUACAGUCCACCAACUUUUUGAUUCGUAAAUACAAUUUUUCCCCCCCUAAAUAAGCUACUGAAAGGACAGACUUUUUCAACCCAGCUCGAUCAGGAAGCCAAAUUUGUUAAAGAGCUUUGGAUUAGAAACAUUCCACUAAUGGCAAUAAGAGGAGAAUAUAUUUACUUUCAAGCAUCAUUCCUAGCUAUUAUAAUCAACCAUGGAAAGGGGGUGUCAGGGCAGGGAGUUUUUGCUGGUAGGUUCAGCUUGUCCAGCUAGGAGUGAUUCCAAGCCAUCCGAGAGUUUCACUGAGCAACCCAAAUGGCUUGGCCUCUUGUAUCUAAACGGAGGACGUGUCAAACCAUCUUCUCCACUAUGAUGCUGUUAAAUAUUUUACAGAGAUUGCCUCAGUUUUACCGAGGAUAAACAAACAAUUAAAAAAGAGAGAGAAAGAAAUGGGAGCCAAUUUUUUUUACAGACACACAAGGGAAAAAUAAUAAAUAAGUAAAUAAAAUAAAAUGAGAGAGAUGUGAACAUGGCUAUCUCAGUGACCAAGGUUCACAUUUUAAAGUCACAUCUUGCUACUUUUCAUUGUACCUGCAGGAAUUAACCCUUUUUAGAAUGUCAUUUGUAAAGAUCAGUGGUCGUAAAGUCAAUUCUAAAGAGCUCGAACUUGUGUCCCAUGCCCCCUACCUCCCCUCCAGCUCAAUGGGAAUUCUGGGUGGGCAGACGACAUUGGAUCAGGCUCCUAAAUGUAUGCAGCUUUAAAGAAGUAAUGACCCUUUUUCAGUAGAGACAGGGACAGCCAAACUAAAUUACUGGCUAUUAAAGAAAUCUCUCCAAAAGGCUUCACUUGUUCCAAGGCACAACUGGGGAGAAACUGGUAUAGAUACCCAGCUUUUUCCAGUUGGAAGAUUUUAGUAGCUAGGAACUUGACUUCUGCAUCUGUAACAAAUGGGCAGAAAGUGACAAACCCCCCAUAAGAAAAAAGCGGAACAGAUUUCAGGAUGAUGAGGAUGAUAUUACUCUUUUUUAAGGGCAUUUGUCGUCUUGUCCUACAAAAAACAGUCUCCUACUUCUUUAAAUCUCUGGCUCUCUACUUUUUAUGGACUUGCAUAGAACAGUUUAUUCAGACAUCGGUGAUUAUAAUUGUAUUUUCCAACAGCAAGCAUUUUUGAUAACUGGUUCAAACUGUAUCAUCGAGGAAAAAAAACCCCACAGUACUGUUAAUCUGAUUGUUGCAGUGUUCUGUUGAGAAGAUCCUGCCACGUACCUAGAGUUUGUUUAUCAGGGAAACGUCUGGUGUUUUACCAUAACAAGGGCUAUCACCAUAAAACUAACAAAGGAGGCAGAUGAUGUUUAUUCUGCCUCUAUAAGUUCAAGGGGAUUUCUUUGAUACCCAUAGCUUCUUUUCAUAGAAUCAUAGAAAAGUAGGGCUGGAAGGGCUCUCAGGAGGUUAUCUAUCCCACUCCCUGUUCAAGGCAGGAUCCUCCCUGUCUAAACUAUAUUAGACAUGUUUGUCUAACCUGCUUUUGAAAACUUAAGGAACAAACAUGCACACACAGCUACCAGGCAUAAUGGCUGAAACCUCAGAAAUGCCCUUUCAUUUGCCGCAGGUAGAGGGGGAAGAGGACACCGUCAGUGUCCUGCCACUGCAAGGACAGGAAGUAGUUUGUUAAAAUAUGCUCGAGAGAUCCAAGUCUGGUGCUAUGAAGCUGUAGUCAUCAGUACUCUAAACUACCUUUAUUUCCACAGAAGAAGGACAGCAUUGUCUAGUGGGUUCUGGACAGGACUAGGAGCAAGGAAGUCCUGAAUAUGAAUUCAGUUUCCUUUGUGUAGUCUUCUACUAAUCACUUCUCUUUCCCCAGAGGUCCUGUUUCAGGAAAGCACUUAAAUACAUUGCUUAAGUCCUAUGACAUUAAAAGCUCUCAAGCACAUGGUUAAGAAAGCAGAGAGAGAGCGAGCUAGAUGCGUAAAUGCAAACUGUAGUGAAACUUCUGUUGUUCUUUAAAGCAACUUGGCUAUUAAUUUCCAGGAGGGAAGAUACCUAUUCUAUUCUGGUUUUACUGUGUACCUCACCAUCGUGUCCGAGUACGUACGUACAUUCCAAACAGUGCUCUGGAUUAUAGAGAAUUAUAUAGCCCUUUAUCUGAGUUGUAUUCAAAGACUGGUAAAAUCAACUGAUAGAGACUUGACCAAGCUUGGAAGCAGUCCACAAAUGAAUAACCAGAAAAUAAAGUUUGAAUCCAUCAAGUUAUGAAAAAAAAAAGGAAAAUGAACAGUUUCUCGGCAGGCCUGUUGAAGGCAUCAGUUAUCUUUGUGCCAAACAGAAAUGUAAUUUGAACAUCCAGCAUCAAUCAAAUAGCCCUUUUAAAGCAAGGUAAUCUGCACACAUCCCUUUCCUAUCUUAUGGGGUUUCUGUGUGUGUUGAUAUUAAAUCAUUCAGCAGAUGCUGGGAACCCUGAAGGGAAACUCUUGUUAAGUGGCAGGAUCUUUGGUCGUGAAAUCAAAAGGGAAGUGUUAACAAGAGCAUCAUAAUAUGUAGAGCCAGGGCUGGCUUUGUACAGGGUGAGAAGCAAAGGAUUGUCAUCUUUUCUUCUGAGCUGGCACCUCAUUUUUAUGAUAGCAGAAGCAGCAGAGUUUUCUCAAAAAAAUGCACAUUUCCUUAAGAGACUUAACUUGGAUGGUUAGGGGUAUUCUGUGGGGGGGAGGGGAAAAUGUUCCCUGCGUUAACUCCAGGAAUGGAGGGAAUAAACAAACCACAGGGAACGGGGAGGUCAGCGGGGCAAUGUCUAGGUUCACUCAACGUCACUAAGGAGAAUAGAAGAUAUGUGUUAGGUAGGUCCAAGAUGUAGAGUUUAACUUAGGAAGGCAGCAUGUUCUGUGGCUAGAAAGCAGGGUUUGGUUUCCUCAGCUCUUCCACUGACUUGCUUUAUGGCCUUGGGGCAAAAGUCAUGGCUCUGUGUCUCAGUUUAUCCCUCUGUGAAAUGGGGACAAUGCUACUUACCUACCUCACAGGGCUGUUGUGAGGAUUAAUUAAUUAAUGUUUUUGAAGCACUUUGCGAUCCUCAGUGCCAUAUGCAGUGCAAAGUAUUAUGAUUAGAACUAACUCCAAUGACAGUAUCUAUAUGGUUAUUUUUUGGUUUUACCUAGUCCUAGUGCUAUCAUAAUCUUGCCUUGCCAUUCAGCUGGAGAAAAGCGCAAAAACAGCUAACCUGGCUUGCAUAAUAGCUUUCUCUUCCAAGCUCUGAACACCUUCUCAGCCAUUAAAAAUGCAUAUAUGUGGUUCAGUAGCUACGACAGAGAUUAUGCUCCCUCGCUGGCAGUGGUAAUUGCAACCUAACCAAAUUGACACACUUGGAAGGUUUUUAAGGAGUCAAAACAGACUAAAAUUCAGUGUAAAUAUUAAAAGAAACUGCCUCUAAGCUACAUUUAUGUUUCCUGGGCAUUAGGUUUUUUGUUUUGUUUUGUUUCUUUAGCACAAAACGAAAAAGCAGUAAAGUUAGUAACAUAGUUAAUCAGUACCAGAAAAGAAUCUUUUUUUUUUUUUUGGUAACUUCUAGUUCCAAAUAUUUUGAUUAUUUUUAGAUUCUGAAAAAAAUAUCAGAAACGCAGACUUGGUAUAAGACAGUUGAAGACACUUUUUUUAAUUUAAUUUUUUGUUUGUUUUUUAAAUAUAGGAUCUGCCUUACUGUUCCCUUAAAAUGGUACAUGCAACCUAGACUUUUAUUAUUUUGGAACUUGCUUGUUUUUGAAACACAUAGUAACCAAGAAGAUUUUUCUUUUUAAAUGAAAUCGGUGUGAUCCUGUGAAACAUAUUCUCCUGAGAGGGCACAGAAACCUUAUUUCAAUCCUAAUGUGCUCUCCUCUCGAGACCAGUUCAGAAGGAGUAAACGAAACAGUUGGCCUAUGAAUAUAUCAGCAGUGCUAUUGUAAUUUCUGAAUGGGGUUUUCAAAAAAAAGUUAAAGGGAGUUGGACACUCGGGUCCUCUGGGAGAUGGGACCAAAAGUUGUCCAAAGCAGCAGUGAUUUCAGAUGCCCUGUUUGGGGAUCCCCAGCUGGGAAACCUUGAAAGGGUCUGGUUUUCAGAGAGCGGGAUUUCCUGCUUUCAGAAUGUCAGGCCACUUCAUCUCAGGUUGAGCACCCAAAAACAGCAGCACUGAGACUUGCUGGUAAUCUUUCAAGGUAUUGGCCUGUACAUCUAACUCCUCUGAAAAUCCCAGUCUUAAGUUCUGAUCCCAAACCCAGGGAAAUCAAAGGAAGGACUGCAGUGGGCUUUGGAUCAAGCUGUAAUAGGAUCAUGUAGGAAGAAAGAUAAUUCACCACGAUUCAGCUGAAUCGGCCUUUUUGUUUUGUUUGGUUGGUUGGUUGUUUUCUUAAAUAACUCAUAUAGUUUGUAAAAUCCAGAGCAGAAUAAAAUAAGCGAGAGGCUCUCGAAUCAUUUCUUCUCGAGAACAUGCAGGUGCUGCAAGCUUGAAACUUACACGUGCAAACUACCUCAAAACUUACAAUAAGAUUUGAUUGAAAGAUGGGGUUGGGGGGAUGGGUGUAUCCACCCUGCAGCUUCGCCCAUCCUCAGAAAUAAGCCUUGACUAGAACCUCUCCUUGAAAGAUCAGGUGAGGAUCUCUUCCUCAGUCACCUGUAGUGGAAGGAUUCCUGGAGGAAAGUCCGCGCUUGGGUUCCUGUACAUCACUGAAUCUUUUUCCUGGCAGAGUUGGGGCACCAAGGGGAGUUCCUCCCCUUCAAGUGUUAGGAGUUUGGUCUUUAAUGAGUCCUAUCCGGAAACUCCUCCCAGCUCUGGUGUGCUUGGUACUUCCUCUAGAGGGAGAUGUGGGAGGGUGAUCCUCAGUGUGCCCAAGGGUUUGCAGCAUGGGGCUACCAUGAAAGCUCAAACUCUAUCAGAUCCCUCUCAUCUCACAGGAAAAGGUGGGUGGGGGGAAGGAUCCUACUACCCCUACUCCAGCAAGGGAUUUUCCAUAAUUUGGUACCCAUUAGGAUCUUUGAAAGCCAUUGCAGAGGAGUUUGAAGAUUCCCAGCACCAGGUUCUGUGGCUCCUGCAACAGAGCUUGGAUAAAGCUGUCCUUCAGAGAAGGACUGGGAAUAAGGGAGGAGGCACCAUCCUCUCUACUCCCUGGAAGAAGCCUGGGAGUAGAGGCCAAACAUUCUGCCAAAUCCACUCCCAUCCUCAAGGUGAUGGCAGCAGAUGUGAGGGAGCCAGGACUAGCAGGAGAGGGCAGGACACUAAGCAUGGUGCAGAUAGGGCCCCCAAGGUUCAGAUAAGCUUCAGAUAGACAUUGGCCGGUAGGGCGAUCGGUGAAACCCCUUAAGAGUCGGCCCAUUGCUAAUUUAAAUGUGCAUUUGAACCCUGCUGCUUUUUGUACAUUACAGAAUUUUAAAUUUUUGUUCAAGAUUAAUACCUCUCUGACAUGUGGUGGCUUGUGACAUGAUAGGAGUGGCUUCAGGCACAGACUGAGCAAAACUGGGAGCCGCUUCCAAAACUCAUCUGGGGAGGGGGAAUGAACUUGUGGCCUUUUUGUCACAAGAAUGAAUUUGUUCAUCCCUGUAUUCACAGCUGCAGAGACAGAAGGGGUGGUUAUUCAAUGUGGAACGUGUUGCUGUGCUGCACUAGCAAAUGGCAACAGCAAACAAUGAAAGGGAUUGUGUCAGGGGUAUCCAGGCCCAAAGAUUAGGCUUUAUCACAUAAAGAAAACCAUUUUUGGCCAAAUCUGAAGUGUUUCCAAAGACACUUUUUAAAAAUUCAAAUCCCAGUGGAAAUGUGCAGGAUACUGGGUUUUUCUUUUUGAUAUUUCACCACCUGAAGGCAGUAAAAUCCUGUUGGGGGGGGGAAUGAAACUGACUCCAUCAUGCUGAAACUGACUAGUCUGUUUUCACGCACUAGAUAGACCAUAGUUGGAAAAGUAAAUCAAAUUGUAUGCAUGGUAAAAUAUGCUUUAGGUUCUUUAAGGCUAAAAUUGCUUCUGAUUUAACAUCCCAGGAAAUCAGUGGGAUUGCAUGGGAUGUAAAUCAUAGCAAAUGUCAAUUAUUUUUUUAAUGGUUUAAUGGUUUGUAUUAAAGCAACAAAUGAAAUCAAAUUUGUGUAUUUCCAGUGCCCUCAGAUCUGUCUACAGAUAAAAUCCAUUGGUUUCAAGAAUAAAUUGGUCCCUCUUUUCCCCUCAAUCUGACACUUUCACUUCAAUCAGAUCUGUUCCACUGAGUUAAAAAAUCCUACAGGUUUGUAGUUUAACUCUUCACCAGGCAGCCCCUUCCCUCCCACGUGAAGCCUCCUGCUUUUCCUGAAAGCCCUCACUGGCCAGUGCCCUUGGAGUCUGUUAGCUUCACUGCAUGUCAAACAAGGGGGCAUGACCUUUAUAUAUAACCAAUUCAUUUUUGUUUAUCUACCUCUUAGUGACAAUAGAUUAAAAAUAGGUAGUGGCAACUCCACAUGCUGUAGUGUAGGGGAAAAAAUACUCUCUUUUUCCAAAGAAAAGUGUUCUUUAAAAAAAUAGAAUUUAUGGGCUUACUUUUCACUUUAAAAUGUUCAUUAGUUGUAAAAGUUCCAAACCUCAGCAGUCCUAAAUUUUUUGGUUCUGACUGAUUUUCUUUUAAAAGCUCUUUCUUCCAUUACCUUUUGUUUUGUUUCCCUUUUAACUUGAUAUUUACUUCUGUCAGCAGUACAACUUCUACCCUCUCCUCUUCCUCAGUGUAGUACCUACACUUUGUUAGAAUGACAACUAGUCACUUAUGCAUAUGUAUUAUUUUUGCAUACACCAGUAUUUGAUUGCCAGCUGGAUCCAAUGCAUGGUUGUGCCUUUAUACCCCAAAUAAUGUGCAUUAAAAUUGAGAGGUAUUUUCGGUAAAAUCAACUGACUAGCAGCCAUCACAGUCUGUUCAGGUUGGUUUACAUGAUGAGUUAAAGACACAGCAGUGAGAGGCAGAUUAUAAAAAGCAAAAAACCGAACAGAAAAGUUUUGUGUAAUGAAAGUAACUUUGAUCAUCUCAAAAUGAGGACAAUUGGACAUGCACACGUAGAGAGGUAGAACUAAUCAGCAUUGUAAACUAUCUUGGUUUGGAACCCCCAAGCUGGAUACCAUGUUUUUCUGUAUUUCCUCCUCCCUGAAGUUGCAGGUUGUAGGGAAUUGCUAGCACCUUCUAGUGCAUCAGAGUGGUGAAUGUGCUGAUCAGAGUGCUGCAUCCCCUCCCACUCACUGAUCCAAUGCAAUUUCAGAUCUUCCUCUAAAAGUUGUACUUUACUGUAAUGAUAUUUUUCCUCCCUUCAGUUGAUUGUUUAUUUUCAAUCUUUCCACUUCCCUGUCCCUGCCCCUGCCCCCUCCCCGCCCCCAAAACUCCCUCUUCUAAUCCAUGUUCUUUACCUUGUACUUUUGUGAGGCAGGUUAGUUGGCUCAGAUCUGGAGUUGUGAUUAUGGAUGGACGUGGGCUCCAUUUUUCUUCCAGCUAGGUUUUGCCACAAACCGCUUUACUCCACUGUUUCAUUUUUAAAAAUAAAGAAAAGAAAAACCUAAA